UAGGGACCCGGGCGACACUGGGGGCACGGGCGUCCGCGCAGUGACCGACGAGUCCGCGGAACCUCCCGCCUCCUCGCGCAGCACACCGCGGUUGGACACCUGUCUAGGCACCGCCAUGCACGCGGUUUCCAUAACAACCGUGGGCACCGUGAGGCCGCGACCCGGAAGAAGACGGCCCUCCCGGGGGCGUGCCAGAAACGCGAAGAUGACUUCCGGGUCGCGGCGGCGCGGGUGUUCACGUGGGCAGGCCUGGCCUGCGGGUGGACCAGGAAUGGUUACCAAGACUCAGAAAGUAGACCUGGGCCCCCAGCUCCCAGAGAAGAAGAAAAAGAAGAGGAAGAAAAAGAAGGUGGUUGCAGAGGUCACAGAUCCAGAGACUCAAUACUCAGUCUUAAACAGUAAUGAUUAUUUUGUCGAUGGUUCUCCUCCAAGGGCCACAUCCCCCUCUAACAAUGUGGGUGAAGGGCAGGUCUCUGAGAUGCCAUUGGGCAAGAGAAAGAAGAAAAAAAAGUCCCCUAGUGCUCACUUGGGGGAGCGCCUAGAGUCUGAGGCCUCAGGAGCAGGACGGAAAAAGUCCGCCAGCCCUAGAAGGCAGGUCCGUGAGCAGUCAGCAGAAUGCCUCAGUGGAGAGAAGAAAAAGAAGAGGAGGAAGUCCUUAACACAGGCUACCUCCCAGUGCUCAGGGCUGAAGACCUCCCUAGACCCCAAACAUGCUGAGAAGGUUAGCAAAGCUGGUAAGAAGUCCAAAAAACACAGGAAAGAAAAAAAGGUUCUGAACACUGAAGCCUUUCCUCCCCAGGACCCUUGGCUCUGUGAGGCUGGGGAUGCUCUGCACCCAUGCUCAGGGUGGGCAGAGGCCGGGGAGCAGGCAGCCUUGGGGCAGAAAAGGAAACAGGGGAGAUCCAAAGAGCACAGCAUGAAGAAGAAGAAGAAGAAGAGCCACCAAGAGGGAGACAUCCUCCCAGUCCACUCCAAGCUCUCCAUGGAGAACGGCCUGAAGAAAGGAAGUAAGAAGUCAGUCAGAAGUGAAACUUUGGACUAUAUCCCUAUAGACAGCCCAAAGGCCUCUGGGAAGAAAGGCAAACCCAAGAAAAAGGUGGACCGGCCGGAUGGUGAAGGGCUGGCUGGGAGAAGGAAGAAAAAGAAGAGGAAAGAGAGUGAAAUAAAGGAAGACCCUGGGCAGGAGGAAGAAGAGGAGUCGGACACAGACCUGGAGGUAGUACUGGAAAAAAAAGGCAACAUGGAUGAGGCCUGCAUAGAUCAGGUGAGGCGGAAGGCCUUGCAAGAAGAGAUUGAUCGUGAGUCGGGCAAGACAGAGGCUUCAGAACCCAGGAAGUGGACGGGAACCCAGUUUGGCCAGUGGGACACUGCUGGCUUUGAAAACGAAGAACAGAAGCUGAAAUUCCUGAAGCUUAUGGGUGGCUUUAAGCAUCUUUCCCCGUCAUUCAGCCGCCCUCCCAGCAUGUCUAGCAGGUCCAACAUGGCCCUGGACAAGAAGUCUUCAGACACACUCCAACAGAAUCUCCAGCGGGACUAUGACCGGGCCAUGAGCUGGAAGUACAAUCGUGGGACUGGCCUGGGCUUCUCCUCUGAGACCCGCAAGGUCUUCUACAUUGACCGGAACGCCUCCAAGUCUAUCAAGUUGCAAGAUUAAAUUUUACUGUUCUGUUCCUGUUCUCGAUCAGUUUUGCAUCUGCCAAGUUGGUCUGAAUUAAUCACCUGCAGAUAAUUGAGGACCACUCACGAUGAGUUUUGGACAAGCAGGUGGAAGCUGCUUGUGUGUCAGGAGCCAGUACCAGUGGCUAAAACCUCCUAUUUUCUAUAUUAAACCUUCCAUCUCUUUGGGUGAAAGUGUUUUAAGUAAUAGUAGCUAGCAGUUGUUGCCAUAUGCAGGGCCCUGACUAAAGUGUUUUCCUGCAUUGAUGUCUUUAAACCUAAUUAUGGAAUGGGUGCUAUUCUCUCCAGAUGCCGAAAGUUAAGUUCAGGGAUAAAGUAAUAAAACUGCCCAGAGUCACCUUCCAUUAAGUGCCACCAAGAGUACAUCACCCAGCAUCACCAAUGAUCAGUGAAUGGAGAAAGCAAGCGUUGUGCCGUGUCUUCCAUGGGGACCAAGAAGUUUGUUUCCUUUUGUCCUCGUCAGGAGGCCGGUGAGGUGCACCAGGCAGGUGCGGCCGAGCUUCUUCUCUGGGAGAUAGACCUCUGCGCUGGCUGCUUUCCUGCUGUCAUCCUUCGGAGUGCUGUGCUUGGACCUGAGGUGCCUGUGCAUUGACUGGACCUCAGCAGGGCAUUGAACAGCAGGGAAUCCUGCAUGUGGACCCUGGCAGAGUCUCAGCAGUGUGUUCGCAGGACAGACAACCUCGGACAUCUUGUGUGAAGUCAAAUGUAAGGAGGAAUGGAGAAGAAGGUGCUUCAUCUGCUGUGGGCACCGUCCCCACCCUGAACUACACAGCAAUCUUCAGGGAGCUUCAGAUUCAGAGAUCUGUGUGACCUGACUUUCUCUUCUACCUUUCGGCAGUGUGGCAUGGGCUCACAUAAGGACGUCUUCCUAACUCUUGGCCUGGCACCUCACACAGACAUCCCAUUGCAGGUCUGAUCUCCCUGGUCUAGCCAGGAGUUUGGGGAGUAGAGGGAUUGGUGCUGUACUCAUCCAGGACAGUCAUUCUUCUGGCUCCAUCCUCAGCGUUUAUGUAAUUGAGCUGGUGGGAAUAUGGCAGAAACGAUUCCAGGCUGCAAAUGCCCCAUAGUAUUUCACAGUUGGGAGAAAACCCUUUUUACGGCCAAAGAAACUUCCAGCAACCCCUUAGGAAACCUUUUAUGGCUUCAUUCAGUUCUGUGUGGUUGUUCCUGUAUCGGCCCCUUUAGUAAGGGAGAUGCCCCUCGGGCCAGCCAGGGAGAGGAUGAGGUGUUCAGUACUACCACAUGGGCAGCAGUGGUGAGACUGCCUGAAGCAGCUGCCUCUACUCCACCCUGUCCCGCCCGUCGGCAUGGGCCAUGUCACAUCCUACAGAUAUGUCUGCUAGCAAAGACUAGCCACUUCCCUCAGUCUUUCAUAGAUUUAACCUCAAGAUACAAAAAAGUGGCCACCUUCAUUCUCAGAGGGCAGAAUUCCAAAUUUGAAUCAA